AUGAUUUGUUUCUUCCAACGGCAUAGGUUCAUAGCCGCUGGAUUGGUAAUUUCUCUCAUUGUGUGCUUCUUGUUUCUGUCUUUCCACGAUGACUUUGAGGACUACACCAAAGUUCCGUUCAUAUCGAACCUACUACCAGCGACUGCCACAUCCACCUCGCCAUCUGCAUUGAUAAAUAAUGCACACACUCUACCAAGUGCUGAUGCGUACCUACCACAUUUCCAAGCAGUCGCUUCACUUCCAGGCAUAUCGCUGGCAGAAGCGAAAGCAGGAUGCACAUGGAAAGACGACCAAGGUGUCAAUUUCAUGUACGGCGGCGACGCAGACUGGGUGAAACACGAGCGUAAUGACAGCGAACUCGCCAGCCACCGCGUCGAAUGGCAAUCAUUCAUCGCCAAUGAUUUAAUACCCUACAAUAAAUACUCCUCUCGCUUCUCCGGCCGCGGCAUUGCUGUUGUAGCAGGCAAUGAGCGCACCAUGAAGCGCGUAAAAGUCCUCCUCCGCGCCCUCAAGAAGCUCAACUCCUCCCUCCCAGUCGAGAUCCAUUUCUUCGGCGACGAGGUACCCCUUUCCACGCAAAAGGACAUGCUCGCUCAGUUCCCGGGCAUAUUUUUCAACGACCUCUCAUCCAAAACCAACCUCGUCCAAACGGGUUUUAACUACUACCUCGCAAACUUCCAGUUCAAACCCGUCGCCAUUAUGAACUCCCGAUUCGCGGAAGUGCUCUUGUUGGAUUCUGACAACAUUCCCGCAAUCGACCCAGAAUUGCUCUUCGAAUCAGACACUUACAAAGAAUACGGUACGCUCUUCUGGCCUGACAUAGCGCGUACGAGGCCUGAGAAUCCGAUCUGGGCUAUCACCAACACGAUUUGUCGUAUGGACGAAUACGAGCAAGAAUCUGGUCAGCUGCUUGUUGAUAAACGAAGGUUCUUCUACCAUUUGCAACUCGCUACUUGGCUGAAUAACAAAAAUGCUGCAUAUUAUAAUAUGUUCUUACUAGGCGACAAAGAUAUGUUUCGUUUUGCGUGGCAUGCUCUGAAGACGAAAUAUGGAAAGCCGGCCAAAUGGCUGACCAGUGUGGGCACGUUGACGGACGGAAAGUAUUGCGGACAUAGUUUUGCGCAGCAUCAUCCUGAUGGGAGGAUAGCUUUCGUGCAUGGUGGGCUGUUGAAGCAGAUUCCGAAUGAGAUUGUGAAGUGGCAGAGGGAAGAGAGGGGUGGUGUAUAUCAGGCGUACAAGAGAAGUCCAGUGGAUGAGAGACCUGCUGAGGUGGAGAAGUGUGGGAUGAGGUGGGAUGGGGGCGAUUAUUUACCGGAGGAGAGGAGGAAUGGAACAUUACCGGUGUGGAUGUGUAUCGAUUUGUAUGAUGUGCCGGCGAAGCCAAUUGGUGAUGUGUUGGAGGGAUUUGAGAAGAUGUUUGAUGAAGUUGGUGGGUAUUGGAUGUUGGAUGGGUAG